ACGCGUCCACACUGAAACUCAAAAUAGAAAAUAAAACCUUUUCGUUCGACAUAAAGUACGAUUUAAGCCCGUAAUAGCGCAUUCUCGCGGCCAUAAAUAUGAAAUAUCGACUCCCCCCAGUGCCGUGCAACAAAAAAGCUUGAGCUUCAGACAAAUGCCUUGCGAUUUCAGUGCCAAUUGUAUGGUUUUGACAGAGUAGUAUACAACCUACGAAUUUUCACUCUUUCUCGGGGACGCAUGAAAAAUGGCGGCGUCCUCAGCUGCGGCUGCGGCGACCAGCAAUCCGCUCCCGAAUCCGAUUCCGGCGGAGACAAUAUCGGAGGAAUGCAAGGACGACGACGCCCUUACCUCCACGCUGCACACGUGCGCCAACGAUCCAGACUUUGCGGUGAUUUGUGCCUUCCUUCAGAAGUUCGCGAAGGACUUGGGCCUCAGCCUGCCGAAUUUCAAGCAUUUGCAGGAGUGGUUGACAAACAACAACGAAGUUCCCGAACUGAGGGACUUGCACAUUAAGCUGCUCCGGAAAACGCGCAAGACGGUCCACGAGAAGAGCUGGGAGUCGGCCCUUAGCAAGUUCUGCUUCGGUUAUUCUGUGCAAGAUGCCUGGGAGAUCGAACGUUUCGGAUAUAAAAACUCUAGCCUAAAGGUCAAGCUACGAAUAUUUCGGGAACUCCUCGAAAGUCAGUUCGAGCGCAAUGCCAAGUUUCGGGCCCACAUCCUUACCUUAAAUGCAGACACUCUACGCUCGGAUCCGAUUGGGCGGGAUCGGUUGGGGCACACCUACUGGCUGACGCAGGAUGCCGACUGCAACCUGCGUAUCUACCAGGAGCAUCUGGAUGAGGAAAUUUGGCAGGUGGUGGCCACGAAUCGGGAAGAAUUUGUCAACCUCAUUGCCAGGCUUAAGGGAAACGAAGUGGUGCUGCCCUCUAAGGACAUUGGCGAGGCUGACGAAGACACCAGCAGUAGCAACAGUUGUCCUGCCAAACCUCCGCCUCCCGAGGAAAGGGAAGAAGAGGAUGAGGAGGAAGAAGAGGAGUCUGGUAAAACUGUGCCCAAUCUUAAGAUUAAACUGCGCUCUCCCGAACUGGAGGAACAAAAGUCAAAAAAAGUCAAGCCAUUGCUCAUCAGCCAGGCGAAGCUAGGGGGCAGCUCUUCGCCAGCUCCAGCCAAAAAGCGUUCCAUUGAAGACGUGGACAGUAGCCCCACAGUAUCCCAGGAUGAGCAGCAGAAGAAACACCGGCCUACACUGCUGGAUGUCAAACGCAUCAAGAAGCCGAGUCGCUACGAAAGCACCAAGGAAGAAAAUGAAGGAGACUCUGGAGAAGAAGAGGAGGAGGAAGAGGACGAUGAGGAUUCUGAGCUGGACGAGGGCGAAGAGGAGGAGGAGGAUAUCGACAGUGCGGCCGCGGAUAUUGAAGAAGACGAUGAAGAGGAAGAAGUUAGUGAAUCCAUCGAUGAUCCAACAAUAGUCGUUCGGGGCCAAGGGUCCGGACGCGACUGUGAGGCCCUUCCUCACCAUUUUAUGGGUGGUUAUCUGGGCCACAUCGGUUACGAGAAUGAACUAGAGAUCAGUGAAAGCAUUUUAGAUCCUGUCCUUCAUGUGAUGGGAGAAGGAUGGGGCGCAGAAUGUCUUGUGGGGAAUGGAAAAAACGAAGCUCACGUUGAGGAGACAACCAAAGACUUACCAGAGCCUAAGGCCACCUUUUUCUUUGGCGAGCCAGGAUGUCUCAAGCUGAGUCCCAUGAAGCAAACACCAAAACCGGAAGCAAAGCGCAGUAUUUUCGACAGCUUAAGCGACGAGAAAAUCAAUGGAGAGAGCGAAAAGUGCAGGGAAAGAACUCCGCCGAGAAAUGGCAACGAUGACCCUCCAGCACAUUGCGAAGCUGCAACAGCGCCCACAACCAAGGAGACUAACAAAAACCUAGAAGCUAUCAAAAAUGAAAUCUCAGAAGAACAUUCCGAAGUGAAGAAAUCCGGCACAACGGCUAAAACGGAGCAGGAAUUCAAAGUAAAGGUGAUCGAAGAAAAGGAGGCAAUCUGCAAAGGACAAGAACAGAAUGAAGAAAUAAAAGAUGGAAUACCGAAUAUUAAAAAAGAUAUGUUAGUCGUACAACAAAUUAAGAACCAGGACCCAGAAAACAUCAAAGAAGAAAUCGUCAAGGAAAAUGGUCCCCUAAAACCUGAAAACGAAUCUUCCCAAAAGGAAGAGCCGUUGCAAACUGUCCAAGAUAUUUCGAAUAGAGAUUACGAGACGGUACAUAAUGACAAUGUUUCAAAUGAAGCUGAAGCCAAUAAACUGAACCAAAACGAUGCGAUAACAAAACCUGCGUCGGAAUCGGGUACAUGGGCUAAGGAAACGACGGAAGGUACACUUGGAACGGAAGCGCAAAUUAAAUCAGCUAAUUUGAAAUCAUUAAAAAAGCCCAAUGUAGGAGAAAUUGAAAUUUGUAAAAGCCAUGAAACAAAAGAAAAGCCAGAAGAGGUUGAAAGAUGCUUUGAAAGUGUUGAAAAAACACUUUCAAGUGAGAACCAAGCCUCUGAUCCUCCCAAGGAACGAUCUAAUAAUGAUCCGACCACAAUUCUUGAAAUCAAGAACUGUUCUGCAGAAGACAGGUUAAAGGAAAAUAUACAAGACGAAGUUCCAAGCCCUUCCAAAAACCUGUUGUCCAAAGAUAAUGAAAACUGCAACGUGGGUAUUGUUAAGUCUAGGCCGGAUGUUGAACCAAACCUAAGCGAAAAGACCUGUUCAUUACCUAAACCUUCUUCGCUUUUAAACCGCAAGAGGCGUCUUAAUGACUCUCAGCCCGCUCUUAGGAAUUCUACCUCUGAAAGCGAAGUGCAGGAGGAGGAGCCGCAGAAUGACGAUCCGGCACUGGAUGAUAUAGAUGUGGGGGGCAAGCGCAUUAAAAUGAGACCGAAGACCUCUAACAUAGAGGCCAGACGUAAGGUGGAGGCGCAAAAGACCCUGAUAGAGGAAACAACAUCGUCCAGCGGAGAGGAGGAUACGCGCAGCCGGCGAAAGAUUGUUGCCCCUAACCCUAAACAAAAACCUACUUUGGAGGAAAUUAUUGAAAAGAAGUUAAAGAAAACAAUGGAGAGGGACCUUCAAGAGAAGGACAUGCUAGAUAAACCGACUGAAAAGAUCGUCGAGAAGACGCUUCAAACAGUUGGAGAAACAACACCAUCAACCAGUUCCUUUAGUCCGCCAAAGAAAUCGCCGGUAACUAAGCCGCUAAAGAAAAAUCUCCUGACUCAACUGCGGCAGGAGGAAAGUGAAGAGGAGGCUAUCCCCAGAAAACGAACAAAUAGUGAGACCAUUGUACCUGCCCUUUCAGCACCCAAUCCUACUCUUGGUCACCCAGAGGAACGUCAUCGGAAGCGCCGAAGCAGCGAAGACACCAAGGAGUCCUUUUCUAAAGAAUCCUCUCCCUGUGAACCUCCAAUUUCCGCCGUUAGUGAGAAGUUAAAGCGCAACAACGAAGUGGAUAUCGAGGAGGAGGUUAAAGAUCCACUUGCAUUGCCUGUAAAGGAGUCGUUAUCUGUAAAAGACCAAUCGCCUCCAUUGGAGGGUGGUCGUCGUUCUGGUCGUCGAGGUGGGGCUGCUGUCGUUCACUCCGAGCUACCUCAGCCAAAAAGGACGCGUGGUAUCGCCAAAGAUAUAACGGCGACAGAGGUAAAGGCUGAGGUGAACCAGGAAUCUGCUGAUGAUGAGGAAGCUACUACCGAACUCAAACCAGAAGUCAAAGAGGAUCCAGUAGGGGAAAAACUAGCGAAAGAAAAGAAACCAGAGGAAGUGGAAAUCAAGGAAGACCCUAAAGAGGAGUCAAAGCCUAAGGUGGGACGGGGUCGAGGCCCGCGAAAAAAGCGAGAGGUGGAUACCACCAAUAUCAUUGAGACCAACGACUCUGAGACUCCAGUCCGCCAAUCUCGGCGUAUUGCCCAGCAGAAGAUCAAAGAAGAAGCGGAACGCCGCAAGCAAGAGGAGGUGGCCCUGCGAAGCAUGAAGCAAGAACUUAAGAAGAAAAAGAAGGCCGAGAAGGAAGCAGAUCCUACAGUGUUGGAGCCCUCGGGAGAGGAAUCUGAGACGGAGGCCAGCGAGGCGGAGGAGGAGGCCAGAAACAAGAAGAAAAAAAAGUGUCCUGGCAAGGAUGGCUGGUCGUCUGACUCAGAAGAACAGCAGGAAAGCGAGGAGGAGGAAGAGGAACCACCGCACUACGAAACAGAUCCUGGUUCGCCACUCUUCCGCUCCGACCACGAAUUUUCACCAGAAUCCGAGCUUGAAGAUGAGUCCCAGGUUGUGCCGAUGAAGCGGGCACGCACCGUUCGCAAGGAAAACGCCGAUGAACUCGAGGAGGAGGAUGCGGAAGAGGCGUGUCAGAAAUGCGGUAAGUCUGACCACCCCGAGUGGAUUCUGCUCUGUGACACUCCCGCAUGCAACAAAGGCUACCACUGCUCCUGCCUUUCGCCAGUGCUCUUCUAUAUUCCCGAAGGCGACUGGCACUGCCCUCCCUGUCAGCAGGAGCAGCUCAUAAGUGCGCUGGAGCGUCAACUGCAGCAGUUUGACACAUUAGUAGCCCAGAAGCAACAGGAACGAAUCUUGGCUCAGGAACAGGCUGAACGUGAGCGGCAGGAGCAGGAGGCAGCCACACUGGCGGCGAAGGACGAUUAUUCCAACGGAGAAAAGGAAGAGGAUGAUGACGAAAACGACAAUGAAGUGGUCAAAAAGGCUGAAAAGGUUAAGAGACGUCGGGGAGAUGGGCGCAGUAACAGACGUGCUGCCAAGCGGGGCACUAGGCGCCGCCGAGGUAACGAGUCCGACUCCAGUAACGGGAAAUCCGUUGGUAGUGGUUCUAGAUCCGGGUCUGGAUCUGGAUCCCGCUCAAGCAGUGACGAUAGCAGCAGCUUCUCGGAUUCCGACGAUGAACCCAUAUACAAAUUGCGUAAGCGUCGCCAGAUCAAUGUGAGCUAUCGGCUUAAUGAGUAUGACGACCUUAUCAAUUCGGCAUUAAAAAAGGAGAUGGACGAGGUAGCCGGAGCUGGAAAUCUUGGCCGUGGCAAGGACAUAUCCACUAUAAUUGAAGCGGACAAGGAGAAGGCACGGCGUGAAGAUCUCCCUGCGGAAGGAGAGGCACACGAAAAGAAAACCGAUAAGAAUGAUAAAGGGAAGGCCAAGUCCAGCGGGAGUAGCCCGUCUUCGUCGGAAGACGAGGUACCCCUCAAACGUAGCAACAAGUUCAAGCAACCUCCUGCCAAGAAAAAGCCUCGAAAACUAACAACCUUGGAUGUUAGUAGCGAGGAAGAUCACGGCAGCGAUGAGGAUUUCAAAACUUCCAGUUACUCGGAUGAAGAUACUUCACAGUCCGGAUCCGGUGACUCAGACUCUAGUUUGGAGGUGUAUAGACGACCUGGCCGAGGGAAAAAGCAGAGAAAGGCUGCCAGGAGAGCUGCACGUGAAAGGCGGAAGGAUCGAAAGUUUGUGGUGGAAGAGAGCGACGAAAGUGAAGAAGAGGAACAGAAACGGCGAACCACAAAGUCAAAAAAGAAGAAGAAGGAGGAUUCGGACUACACGGAAACAGAAACCGAAGAUGACGACGAUAAUGAGUUAUCUGAAAAUGUUGACAGUGCCGAUUUGUGCGACGACACCACUUCCGAGAGUGAAGAUGGUGCCUGGAACCCUUCUUCCAAAAAGAAAAAGGCUGCUGCGGUAAAGAAGUCGUGUUCGGGGGCGGGCAUCGCCAGGAAAUCUCCCAAAUUAAAGAAGCUAGCCACCCAGGCUGCAAAGAAGGUAAAGCGCCUGGAGUACUCAGAUGAUGAUAUCAGCGAGAGCGACUUGGGAGAGGAGGAGGAUGAGGAUGAGGAAGACGAAGGGGGCGCGCCCUUAUCGGGCAAAGGCUCCGGAAAGCAGCCUCGCUCCCAACCUCUCAAAUCAAGUGGAUCCGCCACGCAGUCGGGCAAAGGAAAAGGAAAAGGCAAGGCAAAAAAGAAAAAAACAGUGUCCUCCGACGAAGAGGACGGUGCCGCAUCUGACGAUCGCACUCGGACUCGAGGACGACGAUACGCCUAUAUAGAGGACGACGACGACAGCUCGGAUGGCGGGAUCAAGCCUGGCGUUCAUCGACCUGACACGCCGCCCGAGGAGCGUCAAAAAUUCAUUCAGCGGCAGGAGGAGAUCAAGCGUAUGCUGGCAGAGAAGAAUUCUGAAGGCGCUAAGCUGGCGGCUACACCACGUCUUACACCUAUAAAAUCGGGAGCUACUGCGCCGGAAAAGCGCACACCAGGCAAGGCAGCAGGAGGUGAUUCGCUUUCCACAGUGCCGCUCUCAGUUAUUCGGCAGGCCAAGGUGCUGGACAUCGAUUACCUGCAACGGAAGGGAGAGACAAUUGGCGAUCUAGACGACGUGGACGAGUCCGAGCUAGACGAUGCUGAGCUGCCUGACGAUUUGCCCGAGGAUAUGGAGGACGCUAUCGCACGAAUGGUAGAGGAGGAAGAACAGUUCAGUGCGGCGGUCGCAGCUCGAGAGUUGCCUGGAGCAGAGGAGGUCCUGCGCACUACGCCUUCCAAGUCCAAGCAAACCAGCAAGGCUACGCCUGAGACUCAAUCUACAAAUCCAUCUCCUAGUGCAUCAGGCUUGCAGGAGCCACACCGAAAACGUCUUCCCAUGCCCACCAUCCAUCCGCCGCUUUUGCGCCAUCAGUUUCCCCUCUCGGCCGGCCAGACCCAUCCCCCCUCAUCACUGCUUCCUCCCCAUCCACCUCACAGUAUGCAUCCCAUGCUACAGCGUCAUCUGUCGCAGACUGUCCCCCCACCUCAGGCCAUGCACCUACUGCAAAACGCGCUCUCUGCUCCCCUUGGUCAGCCGUUGGGUUGUGCUAAUUAUGCUGCCGGCCCCGGAUCUGGACAACACCUGCCUUUGGUCAUGUCCAUGCCAUCGGCUGCAGCGGCAGCUGCUCAUCUAAUACAAUCGGCAGCCUCUAUUCGUCCACCCGACAAAGCUGCAGGGAACCCAGCAACUGAUUCCAAACCAAGAGGUAGACGAAAAAAGGUUACACCCCUUAGGGAUCAGUUGCAGAAGCAACAAACAGCGGCGGCUGUUACGGCAGCUACUUCGACAUCAACUCCGGUACCAGCUCCUCCGGAAAAGGCCAAAGGUCCGCCGCUCUUUAAGCCGCAUGAGGAUGCUCCCACUCCGCAAACUUCUGUGAUUACGCGAAUGCCGGCGCACCUGCCCCAUGGACGAAGUCACGGCCCGCCCGGUGGAAUGUACCCAAGUAGCGCGGAGUUGGCUCGAUUUUAUGGUCAAGUAGCUGGCCAGCAGCCUAGCUCCGCCGUCACUGGCUGCCGUUCUCCCUCAUCAUCUUCGGGACCUCCUAGACACUUGUUGCGACCGCAACUGCCGCCAGGUCUGCCUCCACCCCACGCAUCCUUGCGACCUACAUAUGGACCACCGCCUCCACUUCGCGGGUCUGUACCAUCCACAUCCACGACAAGCGGUGUUCCGUCCAAUUCAAGGCCGCCUUACCUUCACGGAGCGGAUCAUCACGGGGGCCCUUCUGGCCCUCCAAUGGGAGGUGUCUUUGGCUCCGGACCACCGCCAGCGAGACAUGCAUCGCCUCACUUGAAUCCUUACAGAGCCCCGCCAAUUUAUGGUAAUCCCAAUUAUUCGCCUCGCGUCGGUGGACCACCAGGAUCUGGAGCAUUGCGUCCUGGAUCUGUUGACUAUGCGGCCGGACCACGUGGGUAUUCCCCUUAUGGUUACUAUCCCCCGCCUCCGCCGUUGACCACACCACCUGCUCAUGCGGCGCCGAGUUCAGUGAUCGUAAGUGCUCCGCCGACACUCACGCCAACGAACCACUCAGUGUCCACUCUCACGCAUGGAAAGCCUCUGCCGCCAGGACCUACGGCGCAGUCUUCAGGUCCACCACCCGCCGCACCGCCAUCUGCAAUAACCAGCGAUACCGGCAUCCACAAGCCAUUAGUAGCCUCUGUGAUAACCGGCAAAAAGCUGACCACUCUUGAGGCGUACCCCAUCAGAAAAUCGCCGAUUGCUGUAGUUGCUGAAGUAUCGACUCCGCCAGAAGCAACAAAUUCUCCGGCCGCUCUUGCCGAGGAUGACUCGGGAUCGGCCCAUGACACUCGAGCUCCGUCAUCGGGAACGGGAGCUGCCGCCGUUGGCGAGUUCAGUGGCUUGGUAAGCUACUUCAGCUCGCAACAGGAUGAUUAUGACACAUAACAAACGCCACCUGGCGCAUAAGGGACUUUGUAUAUAACGAUCGAUCUAUAGAGAUAAUAUAGAAAUUUCAUUUAAGGACUAGAAAGCAAUCUUGGCAUUAAUUUAUUUUUAGUAGCAUUAUGUUUAAUCCAAAUCAGAAGAGUAACGCUAAAAACCUGAUUCUAAUUCUCUAAACGGUGUCCAAGGAUACUCUUUAUGCCGCUCUGGUGGUCAGUUAAUGUUGAAUCGAUUACAAAAUUGUGAAUUUGUAUGAUUGAUUGAUUUAAAGCAAACUGUUUUGUUUUUAAGUUAUAAUUUAAUGUACUGUUAUAAUUGAAAGCCACAGAAAAACCUUGACGAUUAUUUGUCGUUCUUGGCCCUAAACCUUACCCUUACUUUACCUUGGUUCUCUUUCGUGCUCUUAAUGUUUAGCUUAAGCAAGCAUCUACUUCUAGUAUUCUAAUUUAGCUGUAUAUUUUUGGGCUAACAAGUAAGGAUAAGUUAAAUAUGAUACAUACCAUUAAUAUUACACAUAAAUAAAAGAAACCUAUGAUCAUAAAUGUAGUCAAUAAAUACACACUAAAUACAAUGAAAAGCUGGUUUGCGUAGGCUUGUACACUAUUUAAAGUUUGAGUUAAUUAAAUAAGCAAGUGAAUCGAUAAUGCAGUGCAAACUUCUGAAAUUAUACGUACGUUGCCAUUAUAUAGUAUGGCAAUGGUAUACUAAAGUCAAAGAUGGACGAAAGCCUAAUGUUCAUAAUAAAACUAUUUAUCAUUAGUUGCAAGUAUUAAAAA